UCAGAAAUUCGAGCGGCCUUGAACUUGCAAACCAAGGAGCAAUUCGAGACAUACGCAAUGCAGCAAUAUCCAUCUGAUCCAGAUAAACCGGAUCAUAUCACCCCGGCCGGAUGGAUACCCCCGGAGUCCAUCGCGUCUUGUCCCCAGGGUUCGGAUAAGGCAAACGGUGCCGAGAUCAAUGCGAACACGGCCAACCCGUCUGACAGGCCUUUGUCCAAUCUAACAACCUUACCUUCGGCGAAUCACACCACCACCACCACUGUGGCCACCAUCUCAUCCGUUGAAGAUCCGACUGAAGCGGGGUCUGAAGCCGAUAUCUCAUCUUCAACUCAAUCGGCCGGGAACACGGCCGUGGUUCGUGCACCAAGCAUGUGGACACGGGGUGAGAUUCGCGAGUUCAAAUCGAAUUUGGUUGAUACCAAAGAUGCCAUUGUCCAAAUCGGUUGUGGGGAAGUGAUCACUGUAAGUAGUAUUGAUAACUUGUCCGAAAUUCGUUACGGUACUUUUUUUCCACUGUAA